AUGUCAAUGCGAGUGACGCGGUCGCAGGCCGGCAAGACGCCCCAAAAGCCUGACCGUCCUGGCUUUGUCGAGACCCCCGGGCGCAGAAAGUCGCAACGCAAAUCGCUUGCGUCCGAUGUCGAUGACGGAUACGAAUCAACGCCCGAGCCAGAGAACUUCUUGAAGCCACUCCGAUCUGGCGACAGCGAUGUGAAGCAUGAAGUCGAGGAAAAGAGCAAUGGCCAUGCCAACGGAAACGGACACGCCAACGGCUACGCGAAUGGACACACGAAUGGAAACGCGAACGGGCGCACGAAGAGCGAAAAGGAGAUCGUCGAGCUGGACUACAAGAUGGAGGCGGAAAAGUUCUUCUCGGCAAAGGACAAGUCCGGCCUACACGAGUUCGGAGGCGCCAUUGGUAUGGGCAGUAUGAUGAUCUGCUUCCCAGCGCUCAUGUACUACAUGUGGAUCGGAGCGACCUUCUAUGACGGCAAAUUCCCUACACCGACCGCGGGCCAGAGCUACGGCGACUUCUUUGGACACAUGUGGUAUCUGGUAAAGACCGAGGCGUUCCCGAACAACAAAGCGUGGCAGAUCUACUGGUUCUUUGGACUCAUGCAGAUGGCCUUCUACAUGCUCAUGCCGGGUGUCUACCGCAAGGGCAAGGCUCUGCCUCAUCUUGGUGGAAAGCAGUUGGACUACUACUGCUCGGCCAUGUGGUCUUUCUACUCCAGCAUUGUCAUCAUGCUGACCCUCCACUUCACUGGUGUCUUCAAGCUGUACACUCUGAUUGACGAGUUCGGCCACAUCAUGAGCGUAGCCAUCCUUUCAGGCUUCCUCUGCUCGACAAUCGCAUACGUCUCAGCUCGCGUCCGCGGCGCUGACCUUCGGAUGACUGACAACCCCAUCGUCGACUUCUUCCUUGGUGCGGAGCUCAACCCCAGGCUCUUCGGCAUUCUGGACUUCAAGAUGUUCCUCGAGGUCCGCAUUCCGUGGUUCAUCCUCUUCUUCCUUUCGCUCGGUACCUGCUUGAAGCAGUACGAACAGUAUGGCUACGUAUCCGUAGAAGCCAUCUUCCUGCUCUUUGCCCACUACCUGUAUGCCGGCGCCUGCGCAAAGGGAGAGCAUCUCAUCAUCACAACCUGGGACAUGUACUACGAGAAACUCGGCUUCAUGCUCAUCUUCUGGAACAUGGCUGGUGUCCCUCUAUCGUACUGCCACUGCACCCUGUUCAUCGCCAACCACCACCCAUCCGAAUACCAACUCCCCACCUGGUUUACCGCUCUCCUCACCCUUGCCUACCUUGGCGUCUACUACAUCUGGGACACUACCAACUCGCAAAAGAACCAGUUCCGUCAAGAGGAGCGUGGUGUUGUCGACGAGCGCACUACCUUCCCUUACUUCAAGUACGGACGCAUCGCUAACCCCAAGACCAUCCAGACAUCGCACGGCAACAAGAUUCUGGCUGACGGCUGGUACGGCAAGGCGCGUAAGAUUCACUACACGUGCGAUUUGUUCUUCGCAAUUAGCUGGGGUCUUAUUACCGGCUUCAGCAGCCCGUUCCCAUGGUUCUACUCCGUGUUCUUUGCGGGUAUGAUCAUCCACAGGGCGCUGAGAGAUAUUGAGAAGUGCCGGGAGAAGUACGGCGAGGCAUGGAAGGAGUACGAGAGGCAGGUGCCUUAUUUGUUCAUUCCGUACGUGUUUUAA